AUGCACUUCCUUGCAUUGGACACUAGAGGCAUCAUCGGUAUACGGGUCUACAGACACCAGUCACAGCAGACAAAGAGAGAAAGGGAGCAGCAACAAGCAGAGGAACAUGUCCGAAUCCAGCUAAAGCCUUGUGAUGUGCUGUUCCACCUGGGAGACCACAACUACCGCAGAGUGUCUGCACGCAGGCCAGAAAGAUCCAGGCAGUCUGCCUCCUGCAGACAGUGUCCGUGCUGCAGGGAUGUCCAGGUGCCAACUUCAGAGCCGAAGCACCAGCCCUCUGCUUCAGCUGCCAACACUCCCCAGAAGAGGAAGUGGGCCUCCGUGGCUCGUCCCUCUGAAGCUCCACAGGUGGUCAAUUCUGUUCCCACUCCUGAGCCCUCCACCUCAGCUGAUAACAUGCUGUCUUUGUUAAAUCUAGUCCCCAGGCCUUCUGCCACCAUCUCACCAGCCGACCUGCCGGUGUGCUCUGAUGUGGCCCCCAGCCCCCAGCCCUCUACUGCUCCACUAUGUGACGACGGCCCUCUGAUGAUCCACAACCACUCUGUGGAAGAGUACCAGAGGAUCUACCACGAGGUCGUGGAUGACAUGCUGAGGUACAACAAUGGCCAGCUGCGUCCUUAUAGUCUGGCGCUGGGACGUCGCAUUAAGCAGCGGCUCUGGAAGCGACUAGACCGUCCCACGUUCACAGAAUCAGUCAAUGAGGACGGACUGGUUCAUGUGAAUGCGUCAUACGGGGUUGGAGCCCAUCCUCCCCAAAAAGCCACACCUACAGCCUCUGCCAACAACCUGCAGCUGCCGCCUCCGCCUGCAGAUUCUGGCAGACAGCUGUGUCCACACCGCCAUCUAUGGUCUCUAAAGUGUCCUGCUCCACAUUACACCAAUGGCCUCUCACAGCCACCUUCAGAUAGCAGCUGUCUGCUGCCCAAGCCUCCACCUUCAGACAGCAGACAGCUACAGAGAAAUGCUCAAACUACCUCCACCAGCGACAUUCCAUCAGCUCCACCACCACAAAGUUCUAAAGAAUGA